AUGGCAAUAUUUUGUAAAGAUCAUGUUAAAGAAAUAUCUGAUAUUUUUUGUAUUGAUUUGAAAUGUAAACAUAGAAGAUUGAUGUGCAAAAUUUGUUAAUAAACUUAUCAUUCUUAACAUAAUUCAAUAUAUGUAAAGAAAUUCCUGGAAUAUUGUUAAUCAUAUUUAUAAUCAAAAAUAGAAUAACAUAAAAUAAGUAUUGGUUAGAUUGAAGAAUUAUUAUUAACUUAUGAUUAACCUAAUUAAAGUAAUAUAUUUAAAAGUUAAUUUGAUGUAUUCUUAAAUUAGAGAAACUUUAAAUUAGAAGAAAUAUUAUAAGAAAGCAAUAUUAAUAGGUCAUCAAUUAUCAAUAAAAAUAUAUAAUCAGAAAAUUCCUAAAAAGGAACAAAUGUAAGUUAAUAUUAUUAGUCUUCUGAUUCAAUAAAAAUAAGAGAUUAAUAUCAUUAAUCUUAAAUAAUGAUAUCAAAUAUUAUCAAAAAAUUAGAUUUAUCAACAGGAUAUUUAAUUGAAUUAUCUUAAGCCAAGUAUAUUAAUAUUUCAUAAUUAAAGACUCCAAUUUAAAUCUUAACUUCUAAUGCAAUCCUAGAUAGCUUAACAUGUUUCUAUUGUUAAUUAAUAAGAUAAAUCAUAGGAAUAUUAUGAAAAGGGUAAAUAGAUAUAUAUUAUUAAUUUAAGGAAUGUAAUAAUUUAUAGCUAAAAAUUAUAAUCAAUCAAUAGAAUUAUUUGAGAAAGCAUUAUCAAUUAAAUCAAAUUUGGAACAAGCUUGGAUAUAUAAAAGUAAUAUUUGAAUUCUCAAAUUUUUAAAGUAUUAUCAUAUGGAGAAUUGAAAUAAAAUAACAUUGCAAUUUAAGAGUGCGAAAAGGCUAAAAAAGUUUUUAAAAAUGCAAAUAAUUUUUGUUUUUUGUAUGGCAUACUAUUGCAAGAAGAAAAAAGAUAUUUAGAGGCUUUUUUAUAAUUUUAGAUUAAUAUCAAUAAUAAUAAAGAAGAUAUAGAAAGUUUAUAUUAGGCUGGUAUAUCUAAUAUAAAUAUUUAAGGUAUUUCUUUAUUUGAAUUAUAAUUAUAUGAUCUAGCUGGAGAAUAUUUUGCUGAUAUAAUAAAAAUCAAAGAAAAUCAUGAAAAUGCUUACUUAAUGCAAGGUAAAUUGAAAUGAUUUAUAGAAAGGAAGAAUAGCUCUUUAAAAAGAAUAAAUUGAAAAUGCAAUUUUAUGUUUUAAUUAAUGUAAUUAAAACAGUCAUGCCAACUUUUAUUUAGGUAAGAAAAAUGCUUAAAUAUUUAUUAGCCUAAAUCUAUAUGAAUUUAUCUUAAUUUUAAAGUGCUAAAUAAAAUAAUGAUAAAUACUGUAGUAUUUUUAAAGAUGAUAUAAAAGGGAAAUUGUAAAAAGGAUAGAUUUUAUUACUUAAUAAUGAAAAUAAAGAAGCUAUUUAAAUAUUUAAUGAGAUUAUAUCAUAAUAUCCAGAUCUUGCAGACACAGUUAAAGAAAUAGUAUAAGAUUUUUGUUAAAUUAGAUUAAUUUACAUUAGCAGAGAUGA